UGACGCGAUUAUCUGCACCCCGCCCCAACUGACAUAACUACCGGUCCUCGCAGCCCUCGCCAGGAUACGACUACACGAUCUCCUCCCACGCGUGCAACCAUGAGCAGCGUAACGCGCAGAGACGCCACGCGCAGCGGUGCAGACGAGGAAACGCCGCUUCUCGGCCGAAAUGGACCAGCCGGCGGAAAAUCGGACAACAGGGGGGCUAUACAGCAGCUCAAACGGCACAUGAAUGCGGAUGUCACGAAGAACUGGGCAGAUCUUGUAUUGCUGUAUUGCUAUAUUGUUACUGGGCUAUUAGAUAGCUCGGCUGUCUUCAUAUGGGGCUCUUUCGUGAGCAUGCAGACGGGUAACACCGUGUAUCUUGGCUUGGGAAUCGUUGCACCUUCUGAAGGCAUCCGUUGGAUCAAGGCAUUGACUUCCAUCGUCGCGUUCUGUGCUGGCUCGUUCUGCUUCGCGCGCUUUCAUCGCUACUUCUCACCUGCCAAGAGAUGGGUGCUCAUCGUAUCCUACACAUUCCAGAUGCUACUCAUUGCUGUCGCUGCAUUGAUUGCGACUGUUGGCAAAGACACCAAGGAAGGCCUUCAUUGGCAGAUGCUUGUUCCGCUCGCUUCGGUUGCUUUCCAAUCCAGUGGUCAGGCAGUCACGUCGCGCGCCUUGAAGUACAAUGGUCUGACAAGUGUUGUGCUCACGAGCAACUACUGCGAUCUAUUCUCCGACCCCCAGCUAUUCAAGAUUUCGAAUGUGGAGCGCAACAGGAGAAUCGCUGCACCUGCGAUGCUGCUGUUGGGAGCCUGCAUCGGCGGAUUGUACGCGCACAGCAGUGUAGGUCUCGCAGGUGCCUUAUGGACUGCUUGUGGACUGAAGCUGUUGGCUGUUUUCGCAUGGGUCUUUUGGAAGUCGGAAGUUAUUGUGGAAGAAUGAAGUAUCGCUCCGACAAGAAAUUAUGGUCGUCCUGUAGAGGUCAUCCGGUUAGUCUCAGUCAGCCACACCCAACCCUGGUACGACCGUCGCAACAAAACAUACACUAUAUUAUUCGAUAUGGUGUCCACGGCCUUUUCUAAUCAUCAUCUUUCCAUUUUUUUUUGAAUUUGUAUUUUGAUAAGUACCUCU